GGAACUUGUAGUCACAUGACGCCAUCAUGCAAAUCGCCUAAUACGAUACGUACGAGCCUUCGCUUGUGUUUGUCUGACUUCUUGAUUCAAGUACCACGUUUACUACAGCAAUCCUCAAAGAGCAACCGCUUGAGCGAGAUGGCCUCAAAAUGGGAUAAAGAAUUGGCGAAGGAAAUCUGUGCGUGGAUUAAGGAGGCAACUGGUGCCACUGUUCCCUCAGAAGACCCUACAGAAUUUGCUGAAGCGUUGAAUGACGGUCAAAUACUUUGCAAUCUAGCAAACAUGAUCCAACCUGGUUCGAUAAAGAAAAUCAACAAAAUGAAUAUGCCAUUUAUGAAGAUGGAAAACAUUGGUUGGUUUAGUAAUUUUGUAACCGCUUACGGUGUUCAGAAGGAAUACGGGUUUGUUACUGUUGACCUGUAUGAAAAACAAAAUGUCCCUCAAGUCCUUAUUGCUUUGAAAUGGCUGAAAAUAAAGAUGGAGCAGAAAGGCGUCAGGUUCUAGAAGCUUGCUACGAAUCCUCGUCCGAAGUGGACUUUUCUUGACGCAUUUGAAAUAAAGAUACCGGUUUAGAACGAACCACCACUUGUUACUAAUCAGCUAGUGGUUUUAAUCCAUAGUAACAGUCUUACGUACGUAGCGUGCAUCACUAGUUUUGUAUACUCUUAUCUUAAUUUUGGUCUAACCUGAAACUGGUCCGAACAGGUUUCUUAUUUAAAAAUGUCCCAGCUGUGAAAUUGCUCUUUGGAUUUAGGAUGGUAAUGUUGUCGUCGGGCCUCUUAUUAAACGAGCUACAUAACGGUUUGCCCAUCUUGUAAAGUUUACCCUAAAUUUUGUCGUUUGUAAUCCGUGUUAAUCUUCUUUAUUAUUUAUCAUCCCUAUUCAUUUGUGGUUUAUUAUUAUCUCUUUGGUGUUUUUCUUUCUUCGUAAACUACUAUUUUCACGUUUCUUUCAAUUUAAUGGUAAUUUUGUACGUGGCCAAAAUGACUGAAAAUACCGUGACAAGCUACUUAACGGACACAACAGGCGCAGAACGGAGCGAUGUACCGAUUGUAUAUGAAUUCUGGUUUCUCUGUGACGAAGUAAACUAUCUGUAAUACAAGUGUUCGUAAUGCAAGUGUUCGUAAUACAAGCGUGCUUACCGUGGAGGAAAAAGAAAAGGCUAAUUAUAACACGGGGUUUUCCAAGCGUUCACCCAUUCCAGUACUGACCCUGCCUGACAAGACUUGUUUUCCCUUUGGUGUUGUCGUAAGCUGGGAAUUUUGAGUGUUAUGUAAGUUAUCGUAUAUCCUCGAUUAAACGCCCACGCUUUCAUAAGUGCC